AUGUACAAUAACUUAUUAAUUUACUCUACAAUUGCUGUAUUAGUGAUUGGGGCUCCUAGCCGACCGAAAUUGGAAGGAGAUGAAUAUCGUGCCGAACUAACAGCAGCUGGUCUCUCGAUAAAAUCCGUCGAAGGAUUGGUAAAAAUUGGUGCAUCUGCAAUCGAUGAUUUCUCAAAAUACGGAAAAACGCCAAGUUUCGAAAAUGCUUUGGAGGCAGUGACAAAACUGAUUUCAGAUACUGAAAAGUUCAUGAAAUUACAAACGGAAUCCGAUCAAAAAGCGUAUGCCGCGUACUUGGAAAAGAAGAAAAAAGAUAAUGAUAAUUGA